AUGACGCCAGCCCCGGGAAAACUGGCGGAUUGGUGGACUCUGGCAUCCCUAAAUCCACGAGCAGUGCCGGUGCAACACAAGCUGGAGGACGACACUUCUUGCCACUGCCGCAGCUCAUCUCCUUUGACCAAGGACGACCGGUGGAGGAUGCAGGGAUUGUUGCCUUCUACUUCCCUGGCUACUCCACUGCAGCAGAUGUACGCUGCCAGGCCACAUUUUUGGCGAACUUCUUCCAGAGGAGAGCCUGCAGAUCAGCUCGUCGAAUGGGACGUUCGCAAGCUUUCUGAAUGCCGAGGCGGCCUUUCAGUCCCUGAGAAGUUCUGGGAUCGCAGGCAGGAGUUUCGGUACCUCUCGGGCCAUGAUGCCUUCAGAAAGAAGCAGCAGCUGAAGGGCAGGGAAGACAACUAUGCUGGGCAUGGCAGCAACUGGGCAGCUAUGCGCCAUGUGCUGUUCCAGAAGUUCGAGGACGGCGAGCUGCGCAAAGGCCUGAUGGCCACUGGAGACGCAGUCCUGCUGGAGCACAACCCAGUGCCGAAUCGCGACACCAUUUGGUCGAACAACAAUGAUGGCUCUGGAAAGAACUGGCUGGGCCUUCAGCUAAUGAUUUUGCGUGCGGAGCUGCGCAGAGAGGACAGGUGGCUACCUUGGCUGAUGCAACACGUGGACUUCAACACCGGUGCGUGCAGCAACUCUGAAGAAUCCGCGCCAGGAGGGUUCAGGAAAAGGGAAACUGAGUGA